CGCCCAUAUAUAAGCCGACUUUUCAACCUUGAAGUGAUUCAUCUUCCAGGCUCCCCUUCGAUCAAGUCUCUCGUCCCCAGCGCCCUGGGUCCCCAAUGGCAGCGGCCGCCGCUACCAAGAUCCUUCUGUGCCUCCCGCUUCUGCUCCUGCCGUCCCGCUGCUCCCGGGAUGGGCGAGCCGACCCUCACUCUCUUUGCUAUGAUAUCACCAUCAUCCCUAAAUUCAGACCUGGAUCAUGGUGGUGUGCGGUUCAAGGCCAGGUGGAUAAAAUGAUUGUUCUUCGCUAUGACUGUGGCAACAAGACAGUCACACUCGUCAGUCCCCUGGAUAAUCAACUAAAUGUCACAAAGGCCCGGAACGCACAGAACUCAGUACUGAGACAGGUGAUGGACAUACUUGCAGAGCAACUGUGUGACAUUCAGCUGGAGAAUUACACAUGCGAGAAAUCCCUCAUCCUGCAGGUCAGGAUAUGUUGUGAGCAGAAAGCCGAAGGACACAGCAGUGGAUGUGGACAGUUCAGUUUCGAUGAACAGAUCUUCCUCCUCUUUGACUCAGAAAACGGAACGCAGACAACCGUUCAUCCUGGAGCCAGAAAUAUGAAAGAAGAGUGGGAGAAUGAGAAGAAUGUGACCAAGUUCUCCCAUUGCAUCUCAAUAAGACCCUGCACAGGUAGGCCUGACGACUUCUUGAAGGGCACCGACAGCCCCCUGGAGCCAAGUGCAAGAGCACCACCCACCAUGUCCUCAGGCACAAUCCAACUCAGGGCCACGGCCACCACCCUUAUCCUUUGCUGCCUCCUCAUCAUCCUCCGCUGGUUCAUCCUAGCUGGCAUCUGAGGAGAGUCCUUUAGAGUGACAGGUUAAAGAUGAUACCAAAAAGCCCCUGUGAGCACGGUCUUGAUGAAACUCACCCUUCUGGCUGGCCACCUGCCCACCACCUACUGUGUAUGUCCAGCGGCCUCCAGCAGAUCAUGAUGACAUCAUGGACCCAAUAGCUCAUUCACUGCCUUGAUUCCUUUUGCCAACAAUUUUACCAGCAGUUAUUCCUAACAUAUUAUGCUAUUUUCUCUUGGUGCUACCUGAUGGAAUCCUGCACUUAAAGUUCUGGCUGACUAAACAAGAUAUGUCAACAUUUUCUUUCUUCUGUUUUUGUUUGGAAAAUCCACUACUUUGAAUGAUGAUCUCUUUCUUGCAAAUGAUAUUGUCAGUAAAAUAAUCACAUUAGACUUCAGACCUCCGGGGAUUCUUUCCAUGUCCUGAAAGAGAAUUGUUUAAUUAUUUAAUAAGAAAAAAAUUUAUAUUAAUGAUUGUUUCCUUUAGUAAUUUAUU